AUGAUGCGUUUGGCAACUAGAGCACCGUUUCCAAACAUGAAUGGAUGUUGGGACUGGAUUGGAUGGUAUGGAACUGAUUUCGACGUAAAAAGUGGUAAACAACUGACUGCUAUGAAAAAAAUGAUUGAUCAUAUAACGAGUGGUUUCAGUCCAAUCGAUGGACCAACAGGACUUGAGGUCAGUGAUACUACAGACAAUUCAGUCUCUCUUUUGUGGAAGCAAGUUUCAGGUGCGAGCGGUUAUAAUGUUUACAGAAAUGGUGGUAAAACCAAUAGUGGACUAAUAAGUAGCACCACGUUUACAGACAAUAAUUUGCAUUCUGGUACAACAUAUACAUUCACUGUCAAAGCUGUUUCAUCGUCAGGCACUGAAAGUAUAGCUUCAAAUUCAGUCAGUGGUAAAACAACAGGCGAACCGCCAGCUGUAGAAACACCGAAUGGCUUAACAGUUACUGAUUUAACUUCCAAUUCGAUUGCUUUGAAAUGGGAAUCAGCUUCAGGCGCGAAAACAUACAACGUUUAUCGUAACGGGAAUAAGGUGGCAGAUGCUAGCCUCGCAUCAUAUACAGAUACAGGUUUGAAUUCUGGAACUGAUUACCGAUAUCAGGUCUCAUCCAUAAGAGACUCGCAUGAAAGCGCAAAGUCCAUCGAAGUCAAGGCUACAACACUUACGGAGAAGGUGUGUUUGAAUGACAAUAACUAUAAUCAUGUAGUUGCUGGGAGAGCUUAUCUGAGCAUGGGCUAUGCGUUGGCUAAUGGUUCGAAUCAAAAUAUGGGAUUUUAUAAUAUAUAUGUGAAAACAACUCUCUGCAAGACAAAAGAAAACUACUAUGAAAUCGAAUAG